CAGCAUCCACUGAGCAAGGUAACGUGUGUGCAAGCAAGAGCAGGGUAAUUCUUGCUACCUGCUCUGCAGCUAAAGGGAUCUGUCCUCCUGUCAUCUGUCUGCUAUUGGAUUUACCUGGAGAACAAGGACAGGAUAGAAAGGGUGAUUUUAAGGAAGCAAAAGAGUGACAGAAGGAGGCAACCAUGGCCCGGCUGAACUGGUGUCUGGCAGCAGUGAUUAGCUGGGGGAAGUUCCUCUUCUCUUGUUUCUUUCCGUUGAGAGCAGCUAGGAGAGAUAAGCCAGAAGAUUUUGAAGCCGUUCAUUCCCACACCUUCAAGGCUAAGACCUUUAAAAAGGCCAAGAGUUGUGCAGUAUGCAAGCAGGCUUUGACGAAGGAAGGCCUGGUCUGCAAAGAGUGCAAGUUGUCCUGCCAUAAGAAAUGUGAGGUAAAGGUAGCCACAGCCUGUGAAUCUACAGCUACUACAACGACGACAACUACUGCAACUAACUACAAUCAGGGAUCCACAAAGUCUCCCAAUAUAGACUCCAAACGAAGGCCAUCCAGGACCCUAAGUUUGAUGCAAAAAAUGGAGGAAAAUAAUGAAGUGGACCUGGUCUACAUCACAGAGCGCAUCAUUGCUCUGUCCUUCCCUGAUGGAACAGAGGAGAGUAAAUACAGUGUGCACCUGAGGGAAGUGACCAGCAUGCUCCGUUCUAAACACCAGCAGCAUUAUCUAGUAAGGAUGCUCCACAAUUCAGAGCAACGAAAGGUCACAAAAGAAUCCUUCAAAAAAUUUCCAGUUACACUUUUUUUAUACAUUUCUAGACAUUCUACUAACUAUAACUGCUUAAUCUUAGUGCUGGAUUUUGGUUGGCCCGAUCAUCAUGCUCCUGCUCUAGACAAAAUUUGCAGUAUCUGUAAAGCCAUGGACACCUGGCUUAAUGCAGACCCUCACAAUGUGGUGGUACUGCACAACAAGGGCAAUUGGGGGAGAACUGGUGUGGUGGUAGGUGCCUAUAUGCACUACAGUAACUUAUCCACCAGUGCUGACCAGGCAUUGGACAGGUUUGCCAUGAAGCGUUUUUAUGAAGAUAAAGCCAUGCCCAUGGGCCAGCCUUCCCAGAGGAGAUAUGUGCAUUACUUCUCUGGUCUGCUUUCUGGCCACAUAAAAAUCAACAACAAGCCCCUGUUCCUUCACCAUGUCAUCAUGCAUGGCAUCCCUAACUUUGAGUCUAAAGGAGGUUGCCGACCCUUCCUCAAAAUCUAUCAAGCAAUGCAACCUGUGUACACUUCUGGAAUCUAUAACGUUCAAGGCGACAGCCAUACGAGCAUCUGUAUCACCAUCGAGCCUGGCCUGCUAUUAAAAGGAGAUAUACUGCUGAAAUGUUACCACAAGCGUUAUCAAAACCCCAGUAGGGACGUGAUCUUCAGAGUGCAGUUCCACACAUGUGCAUUACACAAUUUAGCUCUGGUCUUCACCAAAAAUGACCUUGAUGAGACAUUUAAAGAUGAGAGAUUUCCUGAAUAUGGAAAGGUGGAGUUUAUCUUUUCUUUCGGUCCAGAGAAAAUUAAAGGGUUGGAUCAUCUACAGAACGGACCUAGUGUCUCUGUUGACUACAACACUCAGGAUCCCCUGAUCCGUUGGGACUCUUACGAAAACUUCAACAGGAGAUGCGAAGACGUUAAAGAUGAUUCACAUUCUCAAGGUCCAGUAGACGCCAGCCUUUACAUCCGGGUUCAGAAGAAAGACUCUCUUGAGGGAAUUGUGUCAGCCAAUGGUGCUUAUUCAACUGACCGUGCUCCUCCUGUAGUUGAACACGCACUUCCUCUUCCAGUUGCCAACCAUCCCCUACCAGCUGCAGACCACGCCCUUUCUGUUAGCAGUGACUCAGGAAACUCUACUGCUUCUGUUAAGACAGACCGCACAGAUGAUGCUCAACAGUCUUUGUCAUCCUCAGGACCUGUGAGCCAAGCUCCCCCUGAGACUGCAGUUAGCCCUUGUGAGAACCGAGAGUUGGAACAGCUUCUAAGUGGGUCCGAGGGACCACCACUUCUCCCUCAUCAGACUUUCCUGUCUUUUGCCAACACAAGCCCCGGGGUUGGAGUGCGGCACCUUGUGCCUGCCCAGGUCCACGUUAACGGACAAGCUGGUGCUGAGCGUGAAACUGACAUCAUUGACGACGAGCUGCCGGAAAGUCAGGUAGGAGAUAACAGUGCUGGCAGUCUCGGCACUCUCUCUUCCUUUGAGGGUCAAGAUACUCCAGCUGACAUCAAACCAGUCACAGAGUCCACUGUAGUGGAAAUAGACAGACAGCGUGGGAAUUUCCUUGAGCGGAGACCUAAAAAGGAGAUGCCUGUGCACCAGCUUCGAGGUUCAUCAUCGGCACAUGGACUGAUCGAAUACAGUGGGCAGAACGAAGGAAUGUAUCGCUCGCAGUCAUAUGGUGGUCUGAUGCUGGAUGGAGGACCCCGGUACUUGCCACAAGCUCCUGAACGUAACACCAGCAGCCGAGAGGCAGUGCAACGAGGGCUCAGUGCUUGGCAUCAAUAUGGUCUUGUGGAUGACCCCUUCUUUGGCUCAAAUGGUGCCCUGCCUCGCUUCCCAACUCAUGGAGGUGGUUCCCAACAGGAUGUAGAACAGUCUAUAGAUGCAUUAAACAUGCUCAUGCUUGAUUUGGAGCCUUCACAUACGCCAUUUCCCAAAUCUCAGAGUGCUCCCCCAGGAGAGAACAUAUCAGCUUUCCAUCCACCAUUUGCCCAGACACUAGCCAGACCUUCUUAUCAGGCUGACCAGGCCAUCUAUAGUGUCACUGGUGGCCCACCUCUUUCUUCCUCUGCAAGUUUUGGCCAGUCCUCACAAAGAUCAUCACCUGCUUACCCCAUGACUCCACUAUCGGAGCACCAUCAGAGAGGUUACCAGUCCCCUCAGGCCAUUUCACCAAUGUAUCAGCAAGAUCCGUAUAGUAUCCGUGGAAGUUCAGUUACAACACCAUCCCCAACUUUACCCCUCCCAUCUCCAAUCAAGCCACAAUAUGUUUACCCAGGAAGCAACGAGGUGUCUUACUCUCCAGACCUUCAGGGCACUUUCCCAGGCCCUCAGAAAAGCUACAGCACAUCAUCAUCCCCACUGCCCCCUGUUACAACUGCAAAAGAACCUGAGCCAAAGUCUGAGGAUGAGAUGCUAAACCUUGAGGGACUUGUGGCCCACCGUGUGGCAGAGUACAACGCCCGCAUCAGGGGCAUCUCCAAUAGCAUGUCCUUCCGGUCUGAACAUCAUCGUUCCUAUUCGUUCUCUGGAUCACAUUCACGUACAGUAACCCCAGAUGAAGCCAUGCCAACUAUGCGCCGACGAACCACAAGUGAAAGCCAGUACCUCAGCAGCCAAAAUGACAGUGCAGCCCACAGAGUGUGCUCUCCACUGAAACCUGUAUCUCCAGACUUUGCCAACACAAUUGCAAUGAACCCAGGUGGACAACCUAAGGAGAAAACAGUGCAUAGCUACAGGGAGGCCUUUGAAGAGAUGGAAUCCACUCCUUUUAGUCCUACCCGCGGUAGUGGUGGCCAUUCUGGUCAGGCUGCUAUUUUAGCAACGGGAAUGAAAGAACAGAAUCCUACUGAAGCUCUAGUACAACAAAGCAGUUCAGAUUCUGAUUCUAGUGAUGAUAUGGAAGAGCAACAUGGUUUUGUGGCAGCAGGGGUCAGAGGAGGAGGGUUGAUUUCUCCUUUACAGCAUCAAUCUUCUCCUGCAUUUGAAAGACCAGUUCCUCCUGCACACACUUUCAACCCACCCCAACCAGUCAACAAUGCAAGUUCUGAUAGUUUUGGAAGGCAGCCUGCCUUUGCAUCAUUUCCAUCUGAGCCCGUCCGAGCUCCUCUUUUCCCAGACACCUUUACUUAUCUUAACCCUGAUGAGGCCACUGUUAACAUUGUGGGUGUUCAUCACGUUCCAGGAAGCCCCAACACACUCCACCGUACAGUUGCCACCAAUACUCCUCCAAGCCCUGCCCUUCAACGUAGGUUUGGUGGUCCAAGUAGUCCUGCUUUGGGGCGACGUCUACCAACAGCCAAUGGUGGCAGUGAACCAACCACUCCCAAUAGCCCUCUUUUGGGUCGCAGCGGCAAGUUCAUCCCGCCAAGCCCUGUGCUAGACCGCCACCACUCACCUGCUCCAGUUGCCUCUAGCCCAGAUCACAAAGUCCCACCUAGAGUUCAGGCCAUCCCUGAUGAGAGAUACGGAGCAGAGUCCAGACAAAGCACCACUUCUUUGGUUCAGCAUGGACCUGCUACCCCUUCAUUUCCCCUAGAGCAAUCCUGUAGCCCUUCCUUGUUCUUGCCUCUGGACGUAACAGCAGGAUCCAUUGCAGAGAAUCCUAAAAGUCUUCCAACUGACAGCACAGAUAGUAGAAAAGCUCCCACUCCUACAGGACCUGCGAUCGCCUCNUCAACUAUUCAGUCAAUCAUUUGUUCUUUUUCAGCAGAUGGACCUCCAGAUAUAAGAAUUAAUAUUAAAUUUGUUCAAGAUACAUCCAAAUUUUGGUACAAACCAGAAAUCUCCAGAGAACAAGCCAUUUGUAUUCUUAAAGAUCGUGAACCAGGAGCAUUUGUCAUUCGAGACAGUAACUCUUUCAGAGGAGCAUAUGGCUUGGCCAUGAAAGUAGCCUCUCCUCCUCCAACAGUGCAGCAGAACAAGAAAGCUGGAGACAUCACAAAUGAGUUGGUACGACACUUCUUGAUUGAAACCAAAGGGUGUCUUUCGGCUCUUGUAUAUCAACAUGCCAUCACACCUCUGGCUCUUCCAUGCAAGCUUAUGAUCCCUACAAGAGAUCCAAACGAGGAGGCCUUGGAGCUAGCCACGCCAACAAGUUCAACCAUGGAUUUAUUAAAGCAGGGAGCAGGACCUCCUAAGCCUACUGAAGAUUUUUACGCAUGUAAUGUUUUGUACAUAAACUCCGUGGAUAUGGAAUCGCUGACUGGUCCUCAGGCUGUGGCCAAAGCCAUCACUGAAACUCUUGCUGCCAGAUCCUCUCCCACAGCAACCAUUGUCCACUUCAAAGUGUCCACACAGGGCAUCACACUCACUGACAAUCAGAGGAAGAUUUUUUUUCGUCGUCAUUACCCAAUCAACAUGAUCACUUACUGCAAUUUGGACCCACAAGACAGAAAGUGGAAUAAAGCAGAGGGUGGUGUAGCAAAAAUUUUUGGGUUUGUGGCUCGAAAACAAGGAAGCACGACUGACAAUGUGACUCAUCUGUUUGCUGAGCUGGAACCAGACCAGCCUGCUUCAACCAUUGUCCAUUUUGUCUCCAAAGUCAUGCUGAACACCCAGAAACCUUGAGCGAUCUUCUAGCAACCAUCUUGGUUUCUCCAUGAAUCUGAAUUUUCUCACCAAAGAGGAUUUGGUUAUACUUAUCUUAUUUUUCCAGAGUGGAUUAUUCUUUCUACAUACAUUAUUAUUUUCUUUUUGUUGAGUAACUCUGGUGGUUGGGCUCUUACUCUUUCUUCUUUGUGAAGAUUUGAAAACGAUGCUGUUUUUUUUGAGUGAAAAUCGUGCUGAAAAAAAGCAGAUUAAGACUACGUCAGGGUUAAAGUACUGUAGUAAGUGUAAAUGAAAGGGAUAAAGAUUGUCCCUCUGGCCUUCUUUAUCGGGAGGCAGGACUUUACAAUAAAAAAAUACAAAUAUAAAAUAUUAUUUAGAGAAAAUGCCAAUUUUGUGAUUGAACAACCAAAGGUAGAGUUCAGGAAAAAAAUUGUGUCUGACGAAUAUUUUCUUUUUAUUUUGUAAAGAAAAAAGAAAAAAGUUAAGAUCAGACAAGUCUAAAACUCCAAAUUCUUCUUUCUGUGUCCUCCUGUGAAAAGUAUGAAGAAGCCAUUUUGCAUGUUUGCUUGCAAGAAUCACAAGAGUAAGUCAUUUUCUCUGAAUUCAGAGGACAUUAGUUUGCUCUGCUGUUACUCAGAAAAGCGUUUUGCAGAACUUAGCUUUUCACUUUAAAUAACAGACCAAAUCUGUUGAAACAAAUGGAAAAAAAAAAUGUGGUCCAAAAAAUGGCAGAAAAUCACCUUGCCAAAUUGUUCACCACAUAAAGACUUGCUACACUUGCCUGUGGACAUGGAAAUAGCAACUACACUGCAGUCACUGGAAACUUUAUGCUGAGAUUCUAUUCAUACGGAUAGUAAAGAACACUGGCUCUACCCACAAAUGUCCUGGCUGUGGUAGUAGAUGUUUAGCUUUUUCUGAACUGUGCUCAACAUCCCAUUCACAGCUUUGCCCCAGUCAGUGACGAUAAUAAGACAACAUUUUGUUGCAUACUGUUUGAGUGCAUGGGUAGAUCCAUUUUGUACUUGUCUUUAAAAUGUAUUACGACAAACCAUGACAUUUAAUGAAUAUUUAUUUUUGUUGCAGUAUUACUCAUGGGUAACUAAUAUUAAAAUAUAGUGUAUAGUCUACAGAAAAAAAAAAAAAACUUGACUUAAAAGUUAAAAAGAAAUUAUUUUAGCUAAAAUAUCAAAAUCAGGUUUUGAGAAGCUCUUGAUGUAAAAUGUAUGUUACGGUUUUUGUCUUUAUUUGAAUGUGUGUUCACUGUGUCACUGUGUUAGGUGAUUUAGAAUGAAAAGGCAUGAAUGUGGAAGAAACCGAAAAAAAAUAUUUUAGAUUAUAAAAAAAAAAACACCAAUUAAUAUAUGUAUAGAAAUUUGCCAUGAGUGCUGCCAUUAUGUGUGUGAUUAAAAUAGCUCCUGGAUUGA